AAUGUCAAUAUCUUUGAAAUAUAUUUGUGAAUUUCAACUCGAAAAUUUUCUUUUUCUCGUCAAGUGCUUAAAAGAAGAACAGUUACAAAAAAUGUCUGUACGUUUAGGAGGUGCUCUCAAAGAGCUGAGAAUUCACUUAUGUCAAACAAGUAAACAAUCAGCUGGUGUGAGAGAGUUCAUUCAAAAGAACUAUGUGAACAUCAAGAAGGAAAACCCUAACUUUCCAAUCUUGAUUCGUGAGUGUAGUGGAAUUCAGCCCAGGGUUUGGGCUCGCUAUGAUAAAGGUGUCGAAAGCAGUACUCCAUUAACAAAUUUAGGUGCCAAUGAUGUCCUAUCUGCUAUUAAGCAACUCAUUAAAUAAAUAUUUAAAAUUAUGUUAUUCAUUAGUUACAGUAUAUUUUGAUUUUAAUUAAAAGACCGUUAAAUAAAUUAUUGCUUUUAUUGUUAAUACUACAAUGUACAAAACAAGUUGGGGCUUAAAUUAUCACAUAGUGGUACAAACAGCCUACCAUAAUUGUAUAAACUAUACAUACAAGACAUUGUAAUUAUAAUACCAUAUUAAGAAAAGAAAAAAUUAAUUGAGUUUUGUACUUAAAAUCGACUAUUUUAUGUCUAAUUUAACAGACAUCUACCAUCUAUGAGGUAUUAGCAAGAUUUUUUAGUAAUAAUCCUACAGUCAUAAUAUAAAAAAUAUUGCUU